AGUCACCCCUGGGAAACGGUAACGACAGCUGCCAUGCAGAAAUACCCAAAUCCUAUGAACCCCAGCGUGGUUGGAGUCGAUGUCCUGGACAGACACGUGGACGCCAGUGGGAAGCUGCACAGCCACAGGCUCCUCAGCACGGAGUGGGGGAUACCCUCCAUUGUGAAAUCGCUCAUUGGCACGUGCAGAACAAAGACAUACGUUCAGGAGCACUCUGUUGUUGACCCGGUGAAAAAAACAAUGGAGCUUAAAUCCAGUAAUAUUUCAUUUACAAACCUAGUGUCAGUAGAUGAGAGGCUUGUCUAUAAACCACACCCUCACAAACCAGACAAAACCGUUUUGACACAAGAAGCAAUAAUAUCUGUAAAAGGUGUCAGUCUCAGCAGUUACCUCGAAGGGCUAAUGGCAAACACAAUUUCCUCCAAUGCUAAUAAAGGCCGUGAAGCAUUGGAAUGGGUAAUUAAUAGACUGAAUGCUGAAUUUGAAGAGUUCACAGCUUCAGAGAGGAACCAUGAGGAAUUCAAUGGCAGCAGCAGCAUUUGUAGAGAAAUGAUAGUAAAUAUACCUGUAUUACUAAAGGGGUUUAACCAUCUGAAGCUUCUCUCCAAACCUAAAUACACGUAUCCUUUGUUAUUUAAAGGCAUACCUGUGUAUUAGGCACAUUUCAAAUUUAAUCUGGAGAAAAGCUGAAUUCUUACUAGUGAGGCAGAUGUGCAAAGCCUAGUUAAUAUAUUGGUUUAGCUGGACCGAAUUCUGGUUACAGAUGAAGAAAUAAUUUUCUAGUUCCUGUAUUUACAUGAACACUAACUUAUAAUGUUUUCAGAUACGAAAUGGCCUCAUUUAGCGAUGAGACUGCAUGUGGUGGAGGAGACUGGCAUGUUAGGUUAACUUUGUGUGACUUAUGGACUACCUCUU